AUGGGGACCCCAUUUUCCUGUCUGUUUUUCGCUAUUUCCUCGCCAUCCGAUUCCACCGGCCUCAAUCAUCACCUACAAGCUUUCAAAGGCGACAAUAUCAGCCAAAUCACACAUUUUACGGUCAUGAAUCAUUCGAUUCCAUCACACCCUCUCACUCCUCAAGCCCCGAGUAGUGCUGGCUCAUUGAACAGCAACGAUACUGGACUGUUUCCACCGAGACACAUUCCAGGCCAAUGUGUUCACAGAUGGGAGAGUCCUCAACACCCGGGUGAAACGGUCUUUUAUCAUCAGGCCAGCCGAUGCGAAUACGAGAGACUUCGUGGCGUACCUCCCACCCCUCCUAAUAUUUCAAACAGCAUCGGACCCGCGUCAGCUUCCUUUGCUUUGAUCUCGCCUUCCCCGAUGCCAAGACACAACAUCUACCAAAAUGUUCCUUCGGAGCGAGUGACGCGACCGUAG